GUAAACUUGGUUCAUCACGCUCACAGUAUUUUAUAAAGUUUGUAGUCGCAUUAAUAGUGGCCAACUACGUCAGGACACAGGUACACGAAGUGGGUGUUGCUAGACCUGUGCUCUGACUUUCCGGGCUUUCAGGCAAUUCGCUCUUUUUGACCUCUAUCGAAAAUACUGACUAGGCUCAACACGAUGGACGAUACUCCGUUCCACCGGCUGCUGCCUGGCACGGUGUCAAUAGAAGAUGUAUCUUCGGAACAUGAGCGGCUCAUUCUCCAGCCUCAGCCAUCCCUAGACCCCGAACAGCCGCUGAAUUGGUCCAAAGCCCGCAAGGUGGUCCACUACGGCAUCGUCUGCUUCUACGCCCUCAUGACCUUUGUGCUUCUCGAUAUAGGCACCGUAGUCUGGUCCCCCAUGAACCUCGAACUCGGCAUCAGCUACGAAGACAUGAACUACUCCUUCGCCUCGUGCUGCGCCGGCAUCGCCGUCGGCUGCAUAUUUUUCGUGCCCCUAGCCGUCAAUUACGGCCGCCGCCCCGUCUACAUCGUCAGCACCGCUAUCCAGCUCGCCACGGGGAUAUGGCAGGCCAAGGUAAACACGGGACCCGAACUCAUCACCGUCAAUGUUGUGAGUGGUGCCGCCGGGGCGAUCAGUGAGAGUAUCGUACAGAUAACGGUCGCGGACCUGUUUUUCGUCCACGAGCGUGCGACUAUGAACGGAGUGUAUUUGAUGAUGGUGAAUAUGGGCUCUUUCCUGGCGCCUGUUGCAGCGGGUUACGUGGCUGUGGCUAUGGGAUGGCGGUGGAUAUGGUGGUGGACGUCUAUUCUACUCGGCGUUUCUCUCCUGUUGUUCGUUUUCUUCUACGAGGAAUCCAAGUACGCCGUUAGGGUCCCUGCCCAGUUGCGCCGGCGAUCGUCAGAAACUGGCGAUGUCUAUGUUGAUGGGGAGGAUGGUGCUGUUACUUCUAGUGCUCAUGGCGACGUCAAGUCUGCGGAACCUCAAAUUUCGAAAACGACUGCGGAGUUCCCCAAGAGACCCCUUCGCGAGCGCUUUGCCUUGAUUACUCGAGAGCCUCGGGGAGCACCUUAUUUCCAGCAGAUCGUUGAGUUUCUGGAGCUUUUCGCACUGCCUCCGGUGGCGUACACGGCUUUGAUCUGGGGCUCGCUACUUGCAUGGUUCUCCGUUUUGCUAACCACUCUAUCGACUUAUUUUCCGAUCGAGCCGUACAACUUUUCAGCAUCCGCGAUUGGACUCAUGAACCUCCCACCGUUCAUCGGCAGCGUCAUCGGCCUCAUGUUCGCCCCCGUCAACGAUUGGUUGAUUCUGAAGCUGGCUAGACGCAAUGGAGGGACUUACGAGCCGGAAAUGAGGCUGUGGAUGGCGUUACCAGGAGUCUUCCUGGUUCCUACUGGUAUGUUGGUGUUUGGAUUGAGUAUGACUGAAGGCAAACCGUGGAUUAUACCCGCAAUAGGCCUCGCGAUUUUCGGGUUUGGCAUGAGUCUCCUGGGUGACGGCGUCCUCACAUACGUUCAAGAUUGCUACAGCAAGAUUAUUGGCAGUGCCCUGGUUCCCAUUGCCUUUACGAGGAAUGCGUUCGCCACUCUUAUAGUGUUCGCCUUGACACCCUGGAUCGAAUCAAUGGGACUUGAGAACAUGUUUAUCACCGCUACCAUACUUUGUCUCGUCACUCUCUCGUCAACUAUAAUGAUGAUGAUCUGGGGCAGGAGGAUGAGAGUCUGGUCUGCGGACAGGUAUGAGAGAUUUGCGGCUCGGCGGGGAUAAGUCUGAUAAAGCACUCUGCGUGUUUUUUCGGUGUAGAUUGGUGUAACGCUUGAUAUUGAAGAACUAAUAUGACAUGACUAGUAUUGGAAGUUCUUACAUUUAAUUAUACUCUUUUAUUCAUAAAUCA